GAGAGCCAGAAUUCAAAUAUGUUGGCAACAUGCAUGGAAAUGAAGCUGUUGGAAGAGAACUUCUUAUCUUUUUGGCUCAAUACUUGUGCAAUGAAUAUCAGAAGGGAAACGAGACUGUCAUUAAUUUGAUCCACAGUACACGCAUCCACAUCAUGCCGUCUCUGAAUCCAGAUGGCUUUGAGAAGGCAGCAUCACAGCCAGGUGAGCUCAAAGAUUGGUUUGUUGGUCGAAGUAAUGCACAGGGAAUAGACCUAAAUCGAAAUUUCCCUGAUCUGGAUAGAAUUGUCUAUGUCAACGAGAGAGAAGGAGGUCCAAAUAAUCAUUUGCUGAAAAAUCUGAAGAAAGCUGUGGACCAAAAUCUAAAGGGAGUGCACAUGAAUACAGCUCCUGCCCAGAUGAUGCUGUUUUCCAAAGCUUAGCUCGAAGCUAUUCAUCUUUUAAUCCAGCCAUGUCAAACCCAAAUCGGCCACCAUGUCGCAAGAAUGACGACGACAGCAGUUUCAUUGAUGGGACAACUAAUGGUGGUGCUUGGUAUAGCGUUCCAGGAGGUAUGCAAGACUUCAACUAUCUCAGCAGCAAUUGCUUUGAAAUCACCGUGGAGCUUAGCUGUGAAAAAUUCCCUCCAGAAGAAACUCUGAAAACCUAUUGGGAGGACAACAAGAAUUCACUCAUCAGUUACAUUGAGCAGAUACAUCGAGGAAUAAAAGGAUUUGUUAGAAAUCUUCAGGGUAAUCCCAUUGAUAAUGCCACAGUUUCUGUAGAGGGGAUAAACCAUGAUAUUACAUCAGCAAAGGAUGGUGAUUACUGGAGGCUGUUGGUACCUGGAAAUUAUAAAGUGACAGCUUCAGCACCUGGCUAUCUAGCAAUCACUAAAAAAGUGGCUGUUCCAUUCAGUCCUGCUAUUAGGGUUGAUUUUGACUUGGAGUCACUGUCUGAAAGAAAAGAAGAGGAAAAGGAAGAGCUAAUGGAAUGGUGGAAGAUGAUGUCAGAAACUUUAAAUUUUUAAGCGGAAGUUCAGAAUUCACAUCUUUUAAUCUACUAUCUGUUCAUUUAGUGUAAUGUACUGUGAAAAGUCCCUACAUUUUAGAUUUUGUGUAACUCAUAAUAUGUAACUUUGGGGUGGGCUGAGUAAUUUUUUUUAAUACCAAUAACAUAUUCUCCAUAAAAGUAUAUUGCUGGAACCUUUUAUGUCAUUUUCGCUGUCCUACAUAUUCAACUUGAAGGGCAAAUGCCCACAAAAAUAUGUCCUUCCUCUAAAGUGACUGUGAAUUCGAGUGUUUUACUAUCCUAAAUAUGCAGGUUAAGUACUUUAAAAAGCUGUAAUAAUUAGUAGUCACUUACAACAACUGCCACAAAUAUUUGUCCAUACAGGUAAACCUAAUUAGUUUAAAAAAAAAAAAAAACCUAACUCAUAACGGCACUGAAAAUAUAUGUGAUAAGAAUUUAGUGUUGUACAUAACAAUUAAAAAACUUUUUCUGUGGAAGAGCCAUACAAAAUAAGAAUCCAAGUACUUGGGUAUAACAUAUACUAUUCAUAUGGAAAUGGCUUCCAUUGUUCUUAAGAAAAAAUUGUACAUUUUUUUUCUCUUGUGUUCAUUAAUGUUCCUAAGUAACGUGGUAAUCAGAUUAAAAAUUCUGGAUGGAUAAACAGUUAGCAUAUAGUAAGUGUAUAUUACUUCUUUCUUGUGCUUGCAAUACAUUAUUUGUGUUAUCCUGUUUUUCAGAAACUGUAUGCAUUAAGUAUACAUGGUUUUCGUAAGAAAGCUUCCAUAUUCUUUGUAUGAAGAAGAGAAAGUUCCUCCCAUAACUGAUCCCUCAGCUGCUUCCUUUAAUAUGGAUUGUAAAAUCAUACUCUUAAAAAUCAAAAAUGUAAACAUGUUUUCUAUGAGAAGCAAUUUCUCUAGGUUCAGUGGAAUUUAUUUCCUGGUCACCCAUCUUGAAUUCCACCAUUGCUAAACACGGUCACUUGGAUUGUAAGGGUACUUCCUCUGAAAUAGAGAAAUUUCCAGAUGAACCAUGGUUGUUUAACUUGACACUAGCACUUAGGGGAGCAACCUGCUUUUCAUUGUAAACCAGCUUACGGAGGAUAGCAGGAUCAGCCUAAAUGGUGAAAUUCAUUUUGCCAAAAUAAACGAAUAUCUGACGUUU